CCAGGAAAAGGACAGGUACACAGGAGCAGGCUUGGUAGGGAGCAGAACAUCAGUAGCUAAUUAGUGGAUUUGAGAACAACUCUGUUAGUGGAAGGUGUAGCAGAUGUUAUAGGGAAGGGAGGGGGUAGGAGGAGAUACUCUGUGGCAUAUCUGAAGUUGGGGAUAGCCUCACUGGGAGUUCUUAUAUUGUUAGAUUAUGGGAGGCCACUGGAUUGGGUUAACAUUUUGCUGUUGGUGGCAGCUAUGUCUGGCUCAGACUUUGCGACCACGAAUUGCAAAUGCCAGAUUUGCCACAAACAAUCCGACUCUCACAACAAUUGCUUUAGAGAAACCUUUCUGUAUCUUUGAUGCUUUGAUGUCAACGGGAGCAUCCUAUGAAGUCUACCUCUAUGUCAUGGCUGACUCUGCUUAUCAUUCAAGACUACCCGUUACGGAUAAUAGCAGCAAACCUCUCAACACUACUUUCCAACAAACCAACGGAGGACUAAGCGGGGCUUACAGAGCGGCGACAUUUAAUGUUCCCAACUGUACAUCUCCUCCCAAGCUCACUGAUGCUGCUGAUGCAACCAAAGCACCUACUGUCUUGACCCAAUAUUUGAUCAGAGUCGGUGAGGAUGACACAUGUCUAUAUGACCCAGAAUUCCUAGAAGCUUGCAAUCCACCCCUCUCCCAAGAUACAGCAUACAGGUUUAAAUAUAUCCUUGUUGAUCGAACAGCAGGUGUCAUGAAAGAUGAAACUGUCUGGUCUCAUCCAAUCAAAACCAAAAAAUUGAAGCAGUCCUCCACCAUUGAUACCUGGCCAGGCCGGAGAAGUGGCACAAUGAUAGUCAUCACCUCCAUUUUGAGCGUACUAACAUUCAUCCUGGUGCUUGGAUUUCUUGCUGCUUUGCUUCAGGCCGUGUUGACAACGGAAGAAAUGCCCACCGAAACCAGAUAUGCAUCCCAAAUUACGCAACACGCUGUCCCAAGAAUACAAGAAGCUGCUGAGCUAUAAGCAUCUCCUCCUUCUGUCCACCAAAGAUCUCUUCACGACUUAAGUGUAGUUAUCUGAUGUAAAAGCACCGGAUCAUGAUACAUACCAGCACUGAAGAUGGUAGCCGAAAACUCGGCAGGACACAGCUGUGUUAUCUUGAAUUUUGACAGUAUUCCUGCUGCAGCUCGCCUAGCCUUCCAUCAGUCUACUAUCUAAUGACAUAUUUCAAACACUGAAAUGAAGCAUUUAACCUUCACUUAGAUUGGACCAUGGCCCAUUUCAGAUCCAACACAAGUGUUUUUCCACUGAUAAUGUUCCCCUUCCUUAGAAUCAUGACCUCUGGGAAACCAUGAUUUACUUAAGAACAAGCCUGGAUGGCCCUAUUAUAUCUGUUAAGUAGAAUUUAAAGAAAUCAAAGCUCUACAGGGUCAUAAUGGACAAUUCUGAUUAGUAUAAAUUAAGUGUUGGAACUUUUCAUCCAUUUCAUGUCGAUCCAGGUAGAUGUAUGUGUCCCUAACUCUUCCCAUGGUUCUUGUUAUUUGAAACUAUGGUUUCCUGUUAUGUCUGACCUGUGCCCCUGUGUUGCAGUGAAUAAGUUUAUUGGCUGAUUCGUAAUGUCGGCUUCCUGAAGAACGUCCUAGGGCAAAGUAGUAAAAUUAUGGGACUAUCACUCCACCUGCAAUCCUAAAAGUUCUCUCUCUCUCUCUCUCUCUCUCUCUCUCUCUCCCCCUCUUUAAUGCUCUUGAAUGUGUAUUACUUGCAGUUUGAUAGUUGCUGGGUUUCCCCCCCCCCCAAGUACCAGAAGAGUGAAGGUUUUAACCCAGAAUGUUGUGGAGUGAUUUGUUUAUUCUUGUUUUCUGCAUAUAGGAACUCUUUUAUUAAGGAGUAUUUAAAAAGGCAUCACCCACAUCUGCAGUUAGAGUGGACUGCACCACUUCUGCUACCACUGCCUGCUCCAUAUGUAGCCUAACCUACUGUUUAUAUAAAUUGGGCUGUCCCUGGAUAUUGUCACUGAUGGAUGAUGAGCACUGUAAGCAGAAGAGCAUAAUUUUCACACCCAGUUGUAGAAGAGUCAAAUUCAUAUAGGACAUUCCCAAUGUAAGCAAAUGUUGGCCAGGUACUGCAAAGGGACAAUACUUGGGUGCACAGGCUUAUGCAUUGUGUUAUUGCCUCAUACUCUUCAGAUUUAUUCAAUAAAUUAAAAUUCAUAGAUGGCCAUAAUAUACCAACUCUGACAAAUCUGCAAAGGGCUUGCAGUGAAAUGCAUGGCCCUUUUGUUUGUUUUGUUGAUUUUGUCUUAUCCACCACAAAAAGAAUUGCAACUUUGCUCUCUGUGUUGUAUUGUACUGUCAAGUAAUGGGUGGAAAAUGUGUAAAACUCCCAGCAUCCAGAAAUGGACUAUAGAGCCUUGGCAGAAAGUGAACUGUUUUCUCCUACUAAGAACUACCUCCUCUUUUCUCAGGACACGUGAUGGCUGAUUCAUAAUGAAUCACAGCAGUGCCCUCAAGUAAUGAGGGUUGGGGUGGAUUCUGACAUUCCAUGGAAAAAGUUUAGUAAAACUGGCAUCCUAUGGGUCA